UCACAGUGACGGGAAAGGGAGGAGGGAGGGAGGAAGUAGAGGCCAGUAGCUCAGGGAGACAGCAGCUGGAGCUGCAAUAGCCACAGCAUCAGCAUUAGCCCCCGCCUCCUCCUCCCGCUCCUCAUACUCCCUGUCCUCCUCCUCCUCCUCCCACUCCUGUUCUUCUUGUCCCCCUCAUCUCUCCUCUUCUCUCCUCUCUUCACCCUUCGCUGGCCCCGCGACCCGGAAAGAUGGCAGCCGAGGGGCUGCACGAGAACGAGACCCUGGCAUCUCUGAAGAGCGAGGCCGAGAGCCUGAAGAGCAAAUUGGAGGAGGAGCGGGCCAAGCUGCACGAUGUGGAACUGCAUCAGGUAGCUGAACGGGUGGAGGCUCUGGGUCAAUUUGUAAUGAAGACAAGAAGAACACUCAAGGGCCAUGGGAACAAAGUCCUCUGCAUGGACUGGUGUAAAGACAAAAGGAGGAUUGUGAGCUCUUCUCAGGAUGGGAAGGUGAUAGUAUGGGAUUCCUUCACAACUAAUAAGGAACAUGCAGUGACUAUGCCCUGUACCUGGGUGAUGGCAUGUGCCUAUGCCCCAUCAGGAUGUGCCAUUGCCUGUGGUGGCUUGGACAAUAAGUGUUCUGUGUAUCCCCUGACUUUUGACAAAAAUGAAAAUAUGGCCGCCAAAAAGAAGUCUGUUGCAAUGCAUACCAACUACCUUUCAGCCUGCAGUUUCACCAACUCGGAUAUGCAGAUCUUGACUGCAAGUGGGGAUGGGACCUGUGCCCUAUGGGAUGUGGAGAGUGGGCAGCUUCUCCAGAGCUUUCACGGACAUGGAGCCGAUGUUCUUUGCCUGGAUUUGGCACCUUCAGAAACAGGAAACACCUUUGUGUCUGGGGGAUGUGACAAAAAAGCCAUGGUUUGGGACAUGCGCUCUGGCCAAUGCAUCCAGUCAUUUGAAACACAUGAAUCUGAUAUCAACAGUGUCAGAUAUUAUCCCAGUGGAGAUGCCUUUGCUUCUGGUUCAGAUGAUGCUACGUGUCGCUUGUAUGACCUCCGUGCUGACAGGGAGGUGGCAAUUUACUCCAAAGAUAUUAUAUUUGGAGCAUCCAGUGUGGAUUUCUCACUCAGUGGUCGCUUGCUGUUUGCUGGUUACAAUGAUUAUACCAUCAAUGUCUGGGAUGUAUUGAAAGGAUCGAGAGUAUCCAUCCUAUUUGGACAUGAAAAUAGAGUUAGUACCUUACGUGUUUCACCUGAUGGAACUGCUUUCUGCUCAGGAUCAUGGGAUCAUACCCUGAGAGUCUGGGCUUAAUCUGUAAUACGUCUCCUAACAAUGCAAGCUAACAUAUUGGAUGAGCUAUGGAAUCUAAUUUGAAAUACUCACCUGCAAUUUCAUAUGAUGAGGAAACACUUUGGUAGUUGAAACCCAUCAAAUGUCUCUGUAUAUCAUCUAAUAUUAAUAUUUAAAAUCUGUCUACUAGAGAUUAUAAGCCUAUACUGCUUUGAUAGUA